AUGGCGCCGUACCGUGUAGCGGUCCUGGAAUGUGAUACGCCGAUUCAGCCUGUUCUGGAGGCCGUAGGCACCUACGGCAAGAUAUUUGAGCUGUUCUUGAGGAAGGGCUUCGAAGCUGCCAAGAAUGACGAUGGGAUGGGUCGCGCUGAUGUCGACCUGAAGGUGACUAUGACGAACGUGGUCAACUUCGGGGAGCUUCCUGAGCCUGAGAAUGUCGACGCCAUCUUGUUGACUGGGAGCAAACACAACGCAUACGAAGAUCAACCUUGGAUUAUUCGGAUCGUCGACUACGUCGGGAGGCUAUACGAGAAGCACAAUGUUCGCAUUAUCGGCAUAUGUUUCGGGCAUCAGAUCAUUGCCCGCGCACUGGGAGCCGAAGUGAGAAAAAACACGGGUAUAUGGGAAGUCUCCGUUGAUCUUAUCGAGCUAUCCCCUGAAGGGCGAAAAAUAUAUGGCGUCGAACAUUUGGCUCUUCAUCAAAUGCAUCAGGACAUUGUGGUCGGCUUGCCUAAAGGUGCGAUGAACAUUGGCAGUAGCCCUGUGUGUGAGGUUCAAGGCCUGCAUAUUCCAAGGCGUGUCUUCUCCUUGCAAGCCCAUCCAGAAUUCAGCGAGUCCAUAAUGCUACGAUUGCUCAAGUUGAGGCAUGACCAGAAGAUCUUCUCGGAUGCCCUGUAUAAAUCCGGCAUCGAACGGGCAUCAAGGCAUCAUGAUGGGUUAUUGGUGGCCAGAGCUAUCUGGAAGUUUUUGCUUAGCAACGAAACUUAA